CAUGCAUAAACGCAUUCUCACAGUUUCUGCUAGAGCUCGUCUGUUGAAACAGUCGCCAUGACAGAACCAAUCGCUUACGCAUCUCCCGAGGACGCCGCGAAGACGGACAAGAAGAAGAAGAAUCGCAAGAGAAAGAGAGGAAGCAAGCCAUCGGAACCGAAUACAACUGGCACGGAAGACUCAGAGCCUCAAAUCCCUAAUCAGACCGACAAAGAAGAUAAAGGAGAAGGUGAUUGGGAACAAGAUAAGGAUGACAUUGAUAAGAUACAUCGAUUAAGACCUCAGGUCACACUAGACUAUUGUAUUGUGGCUAGUUCGCAAAGAAUAGCUCUCCUAUAUUCUUUUAUGGGGAAGAAUCAGUAUACCAAAGGGAUAGUCUUCUUCUGUUCUUGUGACUCAGUCAAAUUCCACUCUGACCUUCUUCGAUCCCUCAAUGCGAAUUGCUUUGGUGUCCAUGAAAAGCAAACGCAGCAGGAGAGGACAACUACUUUUUUUGACUUCUGCAAAGCAGAGAAAGGGUUCUUACUUUGUACUAAUGUUGCUGCUUGUGGACUGGAUAUUCCUGCAGUGGACUGGAUUUUGCAGUUUGAUCCUCCAGAUGACCUCAUGGAAUACCUACGCAGGGUUGUUCGAAGAGCUCGAGGAGAAUGCGAAGUAGGAAGGGAACUCCUUUUCCUCAUUCCUGAAGAGAUGCGAAUUAUACGCUUUUUGGAGGCCGCCAAUAUCUUCCUUCGAUCUCGGGUAUUUAAGGUGAAUAGAAAAGUGCAGGCUCAGCUGGAGCAGACGGUUGGGGACAACUACUACCUGCGCAAAUCAGCAAAAGAAGCGUAUAAAUCGUAUCUAAUAGCAUAUAAUUCACACUCCAUGAAGGACUAUUUUAAUUUCGACCGGCUCGAUUUGCAGGGCGUUGCAGCUUCGUUUUGCGUUUCGAUACCUCCACGCCAGACGUGAAUUUCAAGUUAGACGGCAGUGCAUUAGAGUUGAGGAAGAAAUGCUCAAAAGUAGAAGGGAAAUUGAAAUUGAUUCGAUGAGACUCAACAUAUAUAUCUCUAUCAAAUAUUCUUCAAAUAGCUAUUUUAGCUUUCCUCCUGAACUUACAAAUAUAUUUUAUCAGAUAUCAAAUUUAAUUUUCAUUGAUUCUUUGUGACCAUGACCCAUAUGGUUGAGGUUAGGUCAGAUUAGGAUGAUUAAUGUAGCCAUCCAAACAAAUAAAUGAAUGAAGGCGGCUUUUGUAAAGGAA